GUUUGUAGCAAAAUAUUUACAAGAAUGGAUGAAUGAUCAUUUCACUGGUAUAAGAACAGUCUUUAUCAGAAUAUAUUAUUGUGAAAGCUAUGAACAUGAGGACUAGACAAGUUUGGCAGAGUGCGCGGCGGCGUUGCGGCCGGUGUUCGCGCCGUCACGUGUAGCUGAGGCAGGUAUCACGCUGCUUCACGUAGAAGUGGUACCGGUAACAUCUGUGACAUGUCUUGAUACCACAGCGGUAGCUUAACCCUCCUUGAGGCUUGCCCUUGCAGUACUUCAGGCCACAUGGGUACCAGUUCACACACACCUCCAUGUGACAAAUGCACUCUUUAGACCGGUCAGUCUCUGUGACACAUGCGCCAACUGCCAACUUUCCAUCUGUCGUAUCAGACGAGAGCGCGUGCGGCGGGAAUGGAGUCACAACUGUGGCAUACGAGGACUGGUCUAACCCUGGGCGAGGCGCCCAGCGCGCGAGGUCAGCAGCCCGAAGGUACACGCGGUCUCUAGCGGCGGCGCAGUGCCGGGCCGCUGGAGCAGACAGCAGGCGCAGGGCGCGCCCGGCCCAGGCACUAGCCGUGGUCUGCCUCCAACCCUUAUCUUCCUCUGCUACUCGAAUUGUGCCUGGGUUUUUCUGUCUCAACUUGGCCAUUGCAUCUGGAGCUAUGAAGUCGGCCUGAGCAGCAUGAGUCAGGAAGCAAAGUGUCUGAUGCCCAGUUUGUCCUAGUUCUUCUUCACCAGGAAUUAUAAGCUUCAUAGCCUCUACUUCAUUAGUGAAGUCAACCAGCUGUGACACGAACACGCCGUCCAGACGCAUAAACUCCAGGGUGAUGGUAUCUUCCGAUACAUUCGCAGUUAUGUUCUCCUGCAUAACGUCGCCACCCUGGUUUCUAACAUUAAUAAGGAGUUGCAAAUUAGAUGGUUUUACUGCUAAAUAUAAUAACAUUAGUUUUAAAAAUAAAAACUUCAUCUUAGUUUUUGCAAGAUCCAACUCCACUGAUUUGUU